AUGGCCAACGGUGGCGAUCCCCAAGUGACCGAUGUCAACCUCCCAUACACCGGCCUUGAGUUCCACUACGUCUACCAGGUCAUCAUGGGCAUGCUUGUGUUUGUCAUUGUCCCUGGUAUCGGUCUGCUCUACGGCGGCCUGACCCGCCGGAAGUCUGCCCUGGCAAUGGUCUUCCAGGCUUGGACGGUCAUGGCGGUUUGCACCUUCCAAUGGGCAUUUUGGGGAUUCUCGCUUGCUUUUUCUCGAAACGGCGGUCCCUUCAUUGGCACCCUGAAGAACUUCGGCAUGAUCGAUGUCAUGGCUGCGCCAUCCUGGGGCUCUGCGGUCAUCCCUGAUAUCGUCUUCGCCUUUUACGAGCUAAUGUUCUGCGCGUGCGCAACCAUGAUCGUCGUCGGCGGCUCGUUCGAGCGUGGUCGCAUUAUUCCUUCCAUUAUUUUCGGCUUCUGCUGGGCGACCAUCUGCUACUGCCCGAUUUCUUACUGGACCUGGAAUGCAAAUGGCUGGCUAUUCACCUUUGGUGCUCUUGACUUUGCUGGCGGCGGGCCCGUCCACAUCUCGAGCGGCACCGCUGGUUUGGCAUACGCUCUCGUCCUUGGUAAACGCAGCCGCUAUGGGGAGAAGCACAUCUACAAGCCUCACAACGUCACCAUCGUCUUCCUCGGAACAGUUCUGAUUUGGUUCGGCUGGUUCGGCUUCAACGGCGGUUCUGCCCUUAACGCCAGUGUCCGCGCGAUGAUGGCGGUGUGGAACACCAACAUGGCUGCGGCGACCGGUGUAGCUGGCUGGGUCAUGAUGGACUACAUCAAGCACCGCAAGUUCUCCGUUGUUGGUGCGUGCGAGGGUGUUAUCGCUGGCCUCGUGGGUAUCACCCCCGCCGCUGGUUUUGUCUCAGUUUGGUGCGGAGCAGCGAUUGGAUUCAUCACGGCCAUUGUGGUCAACCUUUUCGAGCCAGUGAACGACUGGCUUCAUAUCGACGACGGUCUUGAGGUGUUCAAACUGCACGGAAUCGGCGGCAUGUGCGGUGCCUUCCUCACUGGAAUCUUCGCCUCGGCAUCAGUUUCAUCCCUCGACGGCUUUACGGUCGUGCACGGAGGCAUCGACGGCAACGGCACCCAGAUCGCCAAGCAGCUGGCCGAAAUUGCCGCCAUUGCCGCCUGGUCGUUCACACUGUCUUACAUCAUGCUCACCAUCCUCAAAUAUAUCCCUGGCCUGCAUCUCCGCGUCAAGGACGAGGUGGAAAUGAUUGGCUUGGAUCUGGACCAGUUCUCCGACGAGCUGAUUGGAGAGUGGUCUUUGUUCCAGGAUGAGACGGGUGCUCGUCGAGGCUCAGUCCAGCAGAUCAACGCCCAGAUCACCCAAGGUGUCAAUCCGGAGGGAUCGGCCACCCCGCCAUCUGAGAGCGCAACACCGGAGAAGGAGGAGGCCAAGGUUGCGACGGCAUGA